UUUGUGUUCAUCAGUGCGCGCGUUAUAAACCGGCUUCAUUGUUCAUGUUGGAGAGUUACAAAAAUUUUAAAUAUUUGGUUUUUCCGUUACUUUUUUUAUUGUGCUCGUUGACUUUUGGGGAAAUUUAAGCAGAUUAUUAUCACUUUAAAAUUUUUAAUAUAUUUUUCUGUUUUCCUCAGAAAGCAAAACGAUGUUUGAAGAUUUACAAUUACCGACAUACUUAAAUAUUGAAAGCCGUGAAACAAAUAGUUUAGCUGAAUAUGGUUUUGAUUUUAAUUUUUUAGAUUUACCGCCAUUAUUAACACCAACUGAUAUACAAGCCAAUGAGGACGAUACCACACUUGAAAACUAUGUUAUACCCGAUAAUAUUUCAAACACCGAUUUUGUGAUACUUGAAUUAGAAAAAGAUUUAGAUUGUUUGUUAACACAAGAAUUUGAAAAUAGCAACGAAAGUUGUUAUAGUAGUACAAUUUAUCAGAAUCGUUUACCAGAAAAAACACUUUUGUGCAAUGAAUUAUGUGAGGAUUUUUUAAAAGAAAGUGCCGAACAAUUAUAUUCUCAUACACCGGUAGCUCCUAUGCAAAUAUUAGGUAUAAAUUUGGAUUUAAACGCAAAUAAUAUCGAAACGAGUGAUAAGUUUUAUGAAUUCGAACAUAUUUUAAAAUAUAACAAUCGACGAUCGUUACUUCAUGAUAAAAUUAUUAAUCCGAAUACAACGAAAAAUCAAAUUCAAACACCAAAAUUUAACACAAGUGCGAAAACAAAAAUUGAUCAAACAGCAUUGCAAGAAAAAAUUUUCACAUGUACGUAUGAAGGGUGUGGAAAAAUUUAUGCAAAAGCGUCACAUUUAAAAGCACAUUUACGACGACAUUCUGGUGAACGUCCGUUUCCGUGUACAUGGCCAAAUUGUAAUUGGCGAUUUUCACGAUCGGAUGAAUUAGCACGACAUAAGCGAUCGCAUUCGGGUGUUAAACCAUAUAAAUGUGAAUUAUGUGAAAAAUGUUUUUCACGUAGUGAUCAUCUAGCAAAACAUCGCAAAGUUCAUCGACGACGACUUGCAGCUCAGCAACAACAACAACAACAAAGUAAUAGUUUAAAUUUUAAUUCGUAUUAUGGACAAAGGUCGUAUCGUAAACGGCAAAUAUAUUAUGACUGAAUAUUG